GCCAUGUUAAUGUCGCAUCGGAAGCAAUGGAAAUUGCAUAGCAGGGGAAUAUUUUUAAUCUGUCUUUCCGUAUUAUUUCACGCCAGUUCCUGACUUUGGAACAGUUUUGCUGUACGCGCGAUGAGAAAAGGAGAGAAAUUUCGGAAGAAACGCAGAACAAGGGGCACGUAGCCUUGAUGGUUGGAACAGAAUGAAAGCAAACUGAUUUGGCUAGCAAGCAAGGAAUACGUCUGCGAGCGUCGCGUGCGCGUGCGGUGUGUACGCUGUCUACCACCAGGAAGUCUGUAGAUUGUUGCAAUAAGUCGCCUUUUCUGGACAGAAAUCGCUACGGUGGAUUGGGCUGCAGUGUUGCAUAGGGUGAAAUUUAACUGCAUGAUUCGAAUACGUUUUGCACCAUAGGCUGAGUGUGCGAUAUCCCAGCUCGCUCUAACAUUAUGAUUGUGAUAUUUUGGUAGAUAACCAAAGUAAACGCCUGGCUAAUAUUGGAAUACUUCAGAAGUCGCCCUCGGUCGCUCUUUGCGUAUCUAGCAAGCUAAAAGUUUGGUGACAAAAUCGUUUGCAAGCAAAGUUAUUAGUAAUUUAUUUAUUGUAAAGCUACUUCUCCAAUAGUUUGAAUUCCGUUUGUUGGCGGUUAACAAGCUUAACUUGUUUAGCUAACGUAACGUUACAGUCGCUGGUACUUGAGUUGGUUUCGUUAGACUUCAGCUUCGCAAGCCUCAAAUGAUCCUUGACAAGUUAAUCUAUAAUUCCGAAGCAAACUCAAAAUUCCAAUUCUUACCGUUAUGAAUUGCGUUAUUCACUAAAUUAACAUCAUAUGGACGCUUUUGGAAACACUUUUUAUUAUUUCCCGGAUUUGUUUUACUUUAGACAGCCAAUAGUUAAUAUAGCAAAAUCACAAACUGAAAGGGAAGCUGGCGACUCUACGCUUAGACCAGGAGGAGAAAGGAGAUUUGGGAGCGAUGGCAUGGGUGUUGAAGAUGGAUAAUGCUACGAUCGAAUCUGGACUUAUACACGACUUCGAUGCUAGCCUGUCUGGAAUUGGUCAGGAACUUGGAGCUGGCGCUUACAGUAUGAGUGAUGUUCUUGCGCUGCCCAUAUUCAAACAGGAAGACUCCAGCCUGCCCCCGGAACCCGAGACCAAAAACCCUCCAUUCCAGUACGUGCUGUGUGCCUCUACAUCACCGGCUGUCAAACUACACGAUGAGACCCUCACCUACCUUAACCAAGGGCAGUCCUAUGAAAUCCGUAUGCUGGAUAACCGGAAGAUGGGGGAGCUACCGGAGCUCAACAGUCAGAAUGUGAAGAGCAUUGUGCGUGUGGUGUUCCACGACCGCCGGCUCCAGUACAUGGAGCACCAGCAGCUGGAGGGGUGGAGGUGGAAUCGCCCCGGCGACAGGCUGAUGGACAUAGAUAUCCCUUUGUCCGUGGGCAUCAUCGACCCGAGGACCAACCCCUCCCAGCUCAACGCUGCCGAAUUCCUGUGGGAUCUCUCCAAGCGAGCGUCCGUGUUCGUGCAGGUGCACUGCAUCAGCACUGAGUUCACACCGCGCAAGCACGGCGGGGAGAAGGGCGUGCCCUUCCGCAUCCAGAUCGACACCUUCAGACAGAACGAGGGCGGCGACUACACCGAUCACCUGCACUCCGCCAGCUGCCAGGUCAAAGUGUUUAAGCCGAAAGGGGCCGACCGGAAACAAAAGACGGACAGAGAGAAGAUGGAGAAGCGGACGGCGCAGGAGAAGGAGAAGUACCAGCCCUCGUACGAUACCACUAUCCUGUCUGAGAUGAGGCUUGAUCCCAUAGUAGAAGAAGCAGUCGAACAUGAACAGAAAAAGUCCAGCAAGCGAACUUUGCCAACAGACUGCGGCGAUUCUCUGGCCAAGCGAGGCAGUUGUUCGCCCUGGCCUGACACCGCCUAUGUGAACAGCAGCCCGGCAGCUACACCAGUAUUUACCAACAGCUACACUGCCCCAAUCCCCGACAGCGAUUCCUCCUCCCCCAGCCAACAGGGAGAUGUGAUUGGCCACGUCACUGCAGAGCACCUGGCCCCGUCGGCCUCCUUGCAGGAAGUCCAGCAGUGGCUGCACAGGAACAGGUUCUCCUCCUACAACAGGCUGUUCACACAUUUCUCAGGUUCUGAUCUACUGAAGCUGACCCGUGAGGACCUGGUUCAGAUCUGUGGACCGGCUGAUGGGAUACGACUGUUCAAUGCACUUAAGUCCAGGUCUGUGAGACCCCGUCUGACCAUUUAUGUGUGCCAAGAGGCACCCCAAGCAAAGAGCGCCGGCCUGCUGGAGGCUCAUUGUAGCCAUGAGAAUGGGGAGUUCAACAGCAAUGCCAUAUUUGUGUAUCAUGCCCUCUACCUGGAGGAGAUGACUGCUUCUGAACUCACCCGGAAGAUUGCCUCUGUUUUCAAUCUCCCCCUGUCCCAGAUCAGCCAGGUGUAUCGGCAGGGCCCCACUGGCAUUCACAUCGUCCUCAGUGACCAGAUGGUUUAUAACCUCCAGGAUGAGAGCUGUUUUGUAGUCAGCACAUUAAAAGCUGAUUCAGGCGAUGGAUACCAUGUGAUCUUAAAGUAACAUCAAGACUGAAAGAAAUCUCAGAAGUGUGUCACUGCUGGAGAAGACUGGUGUCUCUCAAAGUGUUCAGCUCUAUAUGGGGAGGAAGGAAGCAGUGAGCCAAGCCAAGUUAAUGUUAGAAUCUGACUUCAGUGGACACAUUGUUUCAUAUUGAAAACACUAUUGGAGAAGACUGGGGGUAUGCUGUUGGCUUGUUUAUCAGGGGGGAGGUGCGGGGUUGGUUGAAGGGAGUGUGUGUGUGUGUGUGUGUGUGUGUGUGCAUGAUUGCAUGUGUGAAGGAACAAAGCCUGUGAUUGGAUGACUGCCUCGACCAAUCAGAGCUCAGCAUCCUGGCCAUUUCUUUUGGCCACAGUGGCUUCGCAACAUGGUGACAGAUGGCAUCACUUCUAUUGUGCCAAGCUGACUUUAUGGCCAGUAUUGGAGACAUGUAAUAUUGUGGCUUAACUAAUUUGCAGGUGGACAUCAAUUUGGUAAAGCUGUAUUGUGAUGCAUGCAGUCAGGAGCAGAGGGGAGAAAAAAGGCAAACCCUUAGCUCUGUACAUCCUGUUUAGGCUCCCAUCUAUGUUAGGAAAAAUGUCUAGGUAACCAAACUCCAUUUCUAAAGGGUCUGACGAAUAGCUUGCAUUAGAUUGAAAUGUACAUGCAAUCACGCUCCAUACGCUUACACAUGGAUAUCGAUGCCAGUGGGGUAAGUGAUGUCAUAACUGUGUCCCUGGUUUCUGGGUAAGUUGAGGUAGGGUCCUACAGGUGGGCUCCAUUUCUGUGACAAUGGAGCCCCUCCUAAUGGAUGGAAUGAGCAAUCGAGGAUGAGACGCCCAGUUCCCAUUUCUUAUGAAAGAGGAUUAUUUUUCAGUACUCAGACACACCAUAUGGACCAGCCUGUGUCAGAUUACAUUAAUUGUUUGUAGACAUGAACUCAUGAAUGAACUUAAAAACAUUCUUUUCCCAUUCUACUGGAAAAACUUGUAGAAACGUGUGCAGCUCUGGAGCCAUAUACAAUGCAAUUUGCUACCUACAUGUAUACUGCAUAAACAUAUCAACAGAUUUGCUGGGCUGGUAUCCCAUUCAUUGAGUUUGCCACUCUUCAGGGAUUCCUAUAGAGAUGCAUACAUGUGUAGGCAAUGUGUGGAUUCAUCGUGAGACUUUUUGCUUGCAGGUCAAGUAAGUCAUCCAUGCCACUAGGAGUGCUGUGGGUUGUUCACUGGUGCUGUCUACUCAAGACAUCUUUCCCUUUACUAUUUACUAUUCAUGUGCCAUGAAUCAUUAAGUGUAGCAAGGUUUUUUUUAAGUUUACCAUAUUGAGGUUUGUAUAAAUGGAGCCUAUUGGACCAAAUAAAUUUGGAAUGAUUUUAUUUUUGAGAGCGUUAGCAGUGCAAACUGUUUGUCUUUCGAUGCCAAUAUCUGUAUGGGCCAUUUCAAUUCAGUUCAAGUGAUCAUACCUUCAGCAUACAGGACUUUCAUGUUCUCUUCAUAUGCUGAUUCACAGAACACAGGGACAUUUCCACAUUGGCCUGCUUUUUACCAGAUUCUGUCUCUUUCUGUCCUCGAUUAUCUUUACUUUGAUUCCUUUCUUGCUAGUCUGCAUGUUCAUUUUAUUGCCCCCACACCAAAUUUUUUCAUUUUUACCAUUAAUUACUACUGUAAAUAUCUUAACUUUUGAGUCCUUAAAAUGGGUGGAACCGGAUCAGUCAUAACGGCAUGGAUCUGUAUAAUUUUGUUAGAUUAAGCAAAUUUGUGGCCCUCGUGUUUUUGUGAAGCAGUCUGUUGCCAGAGUGUAGUUUAGCCUUUGCAAAGACUGACUUGUUUCAAGGUCCCAUAUUGAGCAUCUUUGGUGUUGGUUUUUACAAUGAUUUUACAAUUUCUUUAUAAAGUAUCAGGUCAUUAACUCUAUUUUCCAGUUAAUUACCAAUUUAUGCUGAAAGUAUACACACAAAUCAAAUAUAAAAUGGGUCAUAACAUAUCAUUCAGAUGGUACUCUUAACAGUCUUAAUUGCCUGAGGGAAGCAUGGCAGGGGUAUAGUCACCAUUAAGUUGAGCUCUUAAUAUUGACUGAGCUUUCUCCUGAUGCUCCUGACAUGCUGUGCGAUGGUAAAUGCAUAAUUUGUGCUUUGCAAUUACAGCCUCUGCUGCUUCGUGGGUGAGCUUGCUUUUUAACGCUGCAGCUCCGCAAAGUUGGCAGUCAUUGCUUCUUGUGUGUUGUACUUGUAUGUUGGGAUGAAGUGCACAAUUGCAUUUUCUCUGGAAAUAAACCCAAAUCGUUUUCAAACA